ACUAUCACCCUGUAUAUUUCAACCGAGAGAAUGAGUUUUACUAUCGGUGUGGAUAUAAAGGGCAUAUACUUAAUGUACCAACAUCAUUUCACAUACUUGCGAUGACUCGGUUGAGUAAAUGUUCACGGAUUAUUAAACGAGGAUGCAAACUCUCCUGUAUUUUUAUAUUGAUCUUUACGUGUGUAUGGAUACUAUACAUGUUUACAGAUUCCAGACUCUCGCUAGCGCCUUGUAAUAUAGAAAUUCUUAAUCCAUGGGAUCCGGCGGUGUCACAGUAUUUCACCCGGCUUGAGCCUGUGAAGUGUUCAGAAAGACGACAUAUCAUAUACGUUGACAAAUCCGGAGUGCUUAGAUACAACGAAGACGUCGCGAAGAUUUAUAAAUUGAAUACAACGUCCGUGAAGUGUUCUUAUUAUCCCCUGAAAAGAGGGAAGGGGGAUACGUAUAAUGUUACGUUUGAUGCGGAAAUACCGAUUAAGCUUCCGUGUUUCGUGAAGUGUCACAUGUUUCGGAUACAGUGUGUAAAUUCAUUCGCGAAAAUCGUUUAUGACUUUUUACACUUUAAUCCAAAAUGGAACGAAAAUGCUAAGGAUGACAAUGAAGUUGAAGCAGAAACCGUAGACACACCCAGCGUAAUAGUGCUUGGAAUAGAUUCUGUGUCGAGGUCGCAUGCUAUUAGAGCCUUGCCUAAAUCUUAUAAUUAUUUAGUGUCAGAAUUUCAAGCUAAUGACUUCGUUGGUUAUAACCGGGUCGGUGAGAACACGUGGCGGAAUUUUAUUCCACUUUUGGCGGGAAGAAGUCAUCGUAAGUACCUGAUAACGAUGCAUAUGAUCUUUCACAUAGAUUUGAUUCCAUUCAUCUGGUACGAAAAGGAGAUGGCGAAAGUCUCCACAUUUUAUGCCGAAGACAGACCUGAGCUCUCAGCUUUCACGGUAUUCGGGCAGCUGGGUUUCAAACUCCCACCCACUGACUAUUAUUUCCGACCAUUUACCCAAGGUGUGAACUCCUUUGCUCCAAAAAUAAUUGACAAAGUUACACAAUCAAAAGAUUGCUACGGACCAAAAACAAUGUUUGAUAUACAAUUAGACUACCUCAAAGGAUUCUUACAACGUUAUGAAAGGAAAAGAAAAUUUGCCAUGUCUUGGAGCACACAGAUUAGCCAUUCUAGUUACAGCCUGUUGAGUCGAUCUGACGAGGCCUUCCUAGAUUUUCUGAAGUGGUUGAAAGCAGGAAAUCACACCGAAAAUUCCAUACUUAUAGUUAUGAGUGACCAUGGGCCUAGAAUGGGAGGCGCAGCGCUGACCCACGUUGGCCGAGCUGAAAACAACAAACCUUGGUUCAUGCUACACAUUCCCGACAAUCUUAAGACCAAGUACAAAUGGAUUCAGGAAACAGUUUUACACAAUUCAAAGCGACUUACUUCCCAUUAUGAUACUUAUAAGACUAUAUCCGAUAUAUUCCAAAAUAAAGCGUUUAAUACGAAGACUUAUAGACCGGUGCGGGAUACCUUAACACGUCGAAAUUUAUUUCACUCUUUACCAAAGGAUCGGACAUGCGUUGAUGCGGGUAUUGAGGCACAGUUUUGCACUUGUGACAGAAAAGAAUUAGUCCAGCCUACACUGGAUAUAGUUCAGUCAAUAGCUAAAUUUUUGGUAGAAAAAAUAAAUGAACUAAUAUCUGAGAAUGAACAUCUUUGUGGAGUAUUCACUCUUCAUAACGUGACAGAGGCAUUAGUGUCUUAUUCAAAACCGGAAGAAGAUAUGAAAAUUCGCGAUAAAGUUUUGCAGUUUCUAUAUUCAGACAAAUCAGGGCGAUACAAAGUUGUGUUUUACACUAUUCCAGGAUAUGCUUUGUUUGAAGGAACUGUAGAUUUCGUUGAAAUUUCUUCAAAGAAAAUAGAGCACAGAAUGCGACUUAUAGGAGAGCUUAUUAGACUUGAUAGAUAUGACGCCAAAUCAAAGUGCAUGAACGAUAAAUUUAUACGACCUUACUGUGUGUGUAAAGGUUGACAUAUCAAAACAAAGCAACCGUGUCGAGAGAUUAACGGUCAGUGGUUUUGAAAUCAAGUGUCCACUCCGCACUUUGAUUACAAUUGUUCAAGUGGUAAUGAAGAAGCACUCAGUGGUAAUCUAAUGGGAGGAGAAGAGAUCGAGACGGUUCAGCGAACAUAUUGAAUGGGGGGAGGGGUUAUAAUUGUUCUCUUCAAUCUCGUGCCGGAAAUGACUUUAUCGCCAGUGAAGCUGCAAGAUGCGAAUACCGUCGACAGUGUCGACUGACUUCAAAAAAAACACACACACAGAAAAUGUGUAAAAAAAAAUAUACGUACAUUUUGUAUAUUAUUAUGACGUUAACAGUAUAUAGUGUAUUCCCGGCAACCGGUUUAAUGAAAGAUGAGAAUGUCACUUCUUCGGGAUAGACAAGCCAGAGUUAUUAUUAUUAUUGUUGUUGUUUUUUAUAAUUAUUAUUAUUAUUAUUAUAAUUAUUAUUACCAUUUUUGUUAUUGUUAUUAUUAUUUUAUCAUUAUU